ACAACGCUCAGACAAACAAUGAUUAUACCUAGAUUCACAAUUGAACAGAACAAUGACUUUGUUAUUGUUGUUGCAAGGACACCUUAUAUUAGGGCCAAUGAGGCUGACUUUUAUUUGAUGGACGAUCAGUUCAAGUUUUAUUGCAAGCCAUACUUCCUUAGACUUACAUUCCCACAUCGUAUCGUGGAGAAUGGCAAAGAGAAGGCAUCGUACAAUGUCGAUACACAGGAGUUCACAUUCCAAUUGCCCAAGGAGACAUCUGGUCAGCACUUCCCCGAUUUGGACAUGAUCACAAAGUUGUUGGAUAAGAAGAAGUCUUCUGAAGGUGGCGCCAAGAUACAACUUGUUGAUGGUCAAGAGAUUGAUCAAGUGGAUGGCGAUGAUGAAGAUGAAGAAGCAGGUGAUUAUGAAGGUGAAGAAUGGGAGUUUGAACAACAUCAACAAUCAG